CUUCUCUCUUGGGUCUCUGAGACGGUUUUCUCUUUGCCCGGGUCUCCCUCAGUUCGCUCCUUGCUGUCUGCGAACGCGAGUGAGUCUCGGAGCCUCUUUGAAGGAGUUCUGCGAGGACUUUGUGCGGGGGAAAAGGAGGAAGAAACGUUCCCUUCCUCGAGUUCCUUCUCUCUCAUCAACGCCAGAAAUGCGAGAGACGGUGUGCAAGCGAAGGAAAUGCGCGUUUUCUAUGGAGUCUCGGAGUCUCUGCGAAUCUUGACCUCGCGUUCCUCGCCGCUGCCCGUGUCUUGUUCCUUGAGGUCGCCUCUGUUACCUCUUUCUUCUCUUUUCUUGCUGGGUCUCUGAAACCGCUUUUGCCUUCCGCGUCCACCACACCUCGCGUCCAGUCUCUUGCAGCCGCCGACCUUCCAAUCCCCUCCCUGCGCCUUGAUCCCUGGAAUUCUCCGCCUCUCCACUCUUCCUCUUCUUCCUCUUCCUUCUCUUCUUCUUCCUCUCCACUCUUCCUCUUCCUUCUCCUCUUCUUCUUCCUCUCCACUCUUCCUCUUCCUUCUCCUCUUCUUCUUCCUCUCCACUCUUCCUUCUUUUCCUCUUCUUCUUCCUCGUCGUCCUCUGUUCUUCUUCUCUCCCCGUUCGACUUUUUUUCCUUGCCUCUUGGUCCUUGGAGAUCCACACAAAAUGGUCGCGGACCUUUCUCCCGUCUCUCCCUCGAGAGCCUCCCAGGCGCCGUUCGGAUUUGCAGGGUCUGAGGCCUGUGGCACAUACAAGCUCCACGCCCCGGCAGCCAGUGCCUUGGUUCCGCUGGCCUCGCCGCCUGCGUACGCCUCGUUCUGCCGCUCCUCGUCUUCGGCCUUCCUUCCUCACCUUUUCAUGGCAGGCACAAACGCAGCCGACCAGCACAGCAACCAGUUGCAUGUCGUCGGAUGCGUCGAGGAGACGGGUGAAGUGGAGUGCAGCUGCCGCUUGGUCCAUCCCCCAGAAGUCCACGCUCUCGCGCUUCUUCCUUCCCUUGGCGGAAGCCAGGUGUCUUCUCUCUCUCCUGAUCACGAGGAGACCGGCGCGACGGAGUCCAGCGAAAAGAACAAUGCGGACAAUGUCGAGGACGACGCCGCGAGAGAAGAGAGGCCGCGGGAGACUCUCGUCUUCUUCACUGCUUUCCCCGACCAGAAAACAAGAUACGCAACCGAUCGCUGCGUGCUGUGGAGGAGUUCUGUCGAUUUCCCUUCGCCUGCUGUUAGCCUCCUGGACGCUGAGGAGGAAGAAGAAUCUCUCCCUUCUUCUCGCUCCGCCGUGUCUCUCCAUCGGCCGUCAAUCGUCUCUAAACUGAAGUCAUCCCAGAGUCGCUUUCAGCCGAUUCGAAAGCUGGUGGUGCCGCGAGGUGACCCAGACGACGUUUUAGGUUCAGCGACGGCCGGAGGCAGAGAGCCGCAACUUCUUGUGAUGAUGGAAGGAAGCUGUGAACUUUUUAAAGCUACGGAAUCCUCCUUUGAGAGUUGCGCGCUCCUUCCCGCCGACCCUCACCACCGGUACACUGCAGUCACUUUCGACCAUCACCAUCCAAACACUAUAGUGGCGGCGGAGGCGAGAGAAGAUGGGCGCGGAGGGAUGAACGUCUUCGGCAGUGGAGGCUCUCUGCGAGUUUUCGACUUGCGAGAAAAGACAAAUUCGCGUCGAUGUGGUGUCGAGAGCUCGGCAGGAAGGCGAGACGCGCAUGCAGUCAAUCCCCACGGGAGACUCGCGGCGCCGCUGUCCAUCGACUUCAAUCCGAACCUCUCGUUCUCCUUCGUUUCGGGUGCCAGCGACGGCUGUGUCGCCUACUGGGACGGACGAACUCUCAAGCGACCGCUGCAGGUCCUUCGGGAUGUUCAUUCUCACUGGGUGACGUCUGUGAGCUUCAACGCCUUCCACGAUCAGCUUCUCUUGACUGCGAGUACGGACAACACUGUGAAGCUCCACCACGCAGAGACGCUGAGGGUUCGCCGGUCUCCGCGGUCGUCGUCGCUGCUCCAAGGGGGAGGAAAAGGAAGCGAACUGGACGUUUUUUCUGCUGAAAGUGAAAGCGGCGCAGAAGCAGGCGGCAGUGGUGGAGACUGCCCAGAGAAAGCGAAGAAAGGCCGGACGGAUUAUGCCUCGGAGACCGUCUACUCCUAUGAAGGAGGUGAAGACUCUGUCGUCGCAGUCGCGUGGGCGGCUCACGAGGCUUGGGCAUGUGCAGCUCUCACAGCGGAAGGAUGCAUUUCUUUUCAUCAGGUCCCGCCGAAGGAAAAGUAUCGAAUUCUUCUGUAAACGCUCUCCGGCGAUUCUCUCCUGCCUCGAACAACAUCCAAGGAAAGACGUUUUCUCCUGACAUCCGUAUGCAUGUUUUUCCUGUCACUGAC